AUGUCUCAGCUGUACAAGCUUCGGCUAAGUCUGCUGAUCCCAAGAAAUCCGAAUUUAGGACACGCUGUCGGAGAGCGCUUCGAGGGUACUGUUUCCAUUCAGUAUCUUCUCAGCUUGCGAGCAAUACAUGGCCCGUUUUGGCCAAGAGACACUGACUCGCCCAAGUGUGAGAGUCUGCCGCGCCGGUCGGGAGCCCUAAUUAGGCCAGGUCGGGGCCGGGACCCACGACACUUGCUCGAACUCGCGCCGCGGCCCCUCUGUCUCUUUGCCAGGGGCUACCACAGCCAUUCCCCUCCCCAUAUUUUCGAAAAAAUGGACUGUGAUGCGGCCACAAAUUUUUUUGUAGAGCAAGACGACCGGAUGAACGCGCCUGACGAAACUGAAGAAGAAUUCGCAGCUCGUGUGGGUGACAGACGGUCUGCUCAAGGAAGCUCUUCUGUCCGCACAGGGCAGCAUAGUAGUGACCAUCGGACGAAGACGCCGCGAGACGCGACGAUUAGCGCGAUGCGCCACAGCAUGUGUGUCCGACAGAAGCCAAAAGCAUCUCCACUUUCCGCAUACGCGGGAGAAGAUACGAUUGGCCAGGACGCUUAUAUGUCGAACCCGGAAGAGUGCAUACACAGCGGGAAGAGGAAGUCUCCUGACCAAGCAUCAAGAGAAAGCGGGGCCCCAGAGAAGAAAAGACGUCAGCAGAGCCUGACCAAUCUGACCGCGGCCUCUCGUAAUGUUUACAAUCCCGCAUGCAACUCUGUGCAGACCGACAGUCCCGGUACCUGUCAUACCCGCAGCUUUGACAAGGGUCCUAAGGCAGGGAAGCUUAUCGUAUACGAGGAACCGAAUGAUGACCAGGUGGGAAGAUCGUCUAAGCUCGUUGACGGAGGCAUGUCGUCUCUGUCAGCCUCUCCGAUCAUAAUGCAACAGCAUGAAUCACAUCAGAGUGACCUCGAUCCCAAUUUCAUUCCAGCCGUGGUAACGUCGGCGUCCGGGCUAUCCCAGGAAUGUUCACCUCAGCAUCGCCAGGCAGUGUCUCAGCAGAUACGCGCGUACCAUUCGCCUCCGCCCGACAUUCAAGCGGCGACUUUAGACGAGCCCUCUGCCCAGCGUAGCUCCCUGAUUCGGGCGACAUCUUUCGAGGAUGGAGUCGCAGCACCGUCGUCAUCAGCGGUGAAGAGUGAAUUUGAGCGCGGGAACAGCGGGCGCGCUCGGACACCUGGGAACGCCCGCGCUCGAAAUGGGAGCCCUAGCUGCACUGCAGCGGCCGUCAGUCCUAGCUCGGGAGACACCACCACUGCCGCCAGUACUCAGAACGCGAACGAACAGCCCCCGCCUUCCUUUCCCCCGCGGACGAAGACUACAUCGCGCAAGAAGAAAGUGAACGAUGAGCAACCACCAAGCGGUGCGCAUGUGGAAGAGUCGGCGGCAAAGCCCAAGAAAAGGCCCCUCAGGGAGCAGAAGGAGAUGAGCCCGGCCGAGUUCGCGGCAUACAUUAGCCAGGUAACUUCCCUGAAUGCGCCAAAGAAAGCGAAGAACACGACGUUCCUCAAGGGUAUGAGAAUCUAUUACGUGGGCUGCGAUACGGACAAAGCUGGCGAGCGGACAAGGACAAAGAUGCAGCGGCUCGUCGCGUUCGGUGCGACACUCAUGCCCACGUACGAUCCCGCGGAGAUAGAGAUCAUCAUCACCGAGCCGAAGCUUACCCAGGAGCAGUUUUGCGCGAAGCAUGGGCUGCAGAGUGUCAAGGAUGUCCCAGCGCAUAUACCGAUCCUCAAAACGAGUUGGGUGACGUCUGGCGAAGAGAGGCCACGGCUUGACCGUUGGGAGCGACACCCGAGCUACAAGGACCACGUAGUCAAGCAGCCUGACCCCGCGGAGGCGAAUAGGGCUCCCGUGUUGCGACCCACGACCGCUAGCCAGGACAAACUGAAGGCAAACGGAGCCGCAAACCGCGACCGGAAGAACGAGGCGAAAGUCCGGAAGCAGAGGCUUGCGAAUUCUGACGAGAGCGACUUUGAUAGCGAAAGGCAGAGCACAAGGUGCGCAAGUCAAUUCACUGAAGGCCAUGCGGACAAAGAGAAGGCAGCGGUGUCCGCGGAGGCCCAGCCAGAUCUGCCUCCAAAACAAGGUUGCCUCUCGGGAUCUUCAUUCGGCGCUGCCGGUAGCGGUGGCCCUUCUGCGGAAGGCGAGUCGUCACGCAUCCCGGUACCGCCUGGUGCUGACAGUAGCGAAGACCCUUUGGCACAGUAUUAUGGCGUCGCGCGAGCCGAGCAGGAGGAAGAGCUUGAAGGGUACUUUGAAGUCGAGCCGCCUGUUAUCCUAGGUGGACAACGUUCGCAUUUCCAAUGCGACAACGUACCGGAUUACCGGCCCAAGUUGGGAGAAUGUCCUAAUCAGGACAUCAUCGAUAUCUUCACGCAGUUGAAGGAAAUAUACGAGAUCAGAAAAGCGGAGAGCGAUAACUUUAGGGCAGACACGUAUAGAAAAGUCAUCAAAAGCCUUCGAGAGUAUCCGAAGAGGAUAGAGUCUCGCGAAGAACUGGUACAGAUCAAUGGCGCUGGAAAGAAGACUAAGGAUAAGAUUAUGGAAAUUAUCAAGACCGGGCGGCUACGUCGCCUGCAGUUCGAGAUGACCGCGGAGCUUGACGUGUUGCGACUGUUCCAGGGCAUCUACGGUGUUGGGUCUAUCACAUCAUUAAAGUGGUACGCGGCUGGCUGCCGGACCUUAGACGACAUCCACCAGAGGAAGGGAGGCAUCAAGCUCAGCGAUGCGCAGGAGCUCGGCCUCAAGUAUUACGAUGAUAUAAACUCGCGUAUCUCUCGCCAGGAAGUUGGCGAGAUAUUCCAACGCAUUAAGGACAUCGCCCACGGGAUUGACAAGAAGCUCAUCGUCGAGAUCAUGGGGAGCUACCGCAGGGGAAAGGCUGACUGCGGGGAUAUCGACAUUCUCAUCACACGCCCGACAGAUGAUAAGAAGCAUCACAAGGGCCUUGCGCAGCGGAUGGUGAACCUCUGUCAGAUGCACGGCAUCAUCGUCGACCACCUCAGCAUUCCCAGCAACUGGUGGAGCACCGAGCUCGUGUAUCACGGCCUCUGUCGCAGGGACGAUGAUAGUCCUGUGCGGCGCCUCGAUUUCCUUGCUGUACCAUACGAGCAAAGGGGCGCUGCGCUGCUGUACUUUACUGGCGACGACAUCGUCAGUGUUCUGCUUAUUCAGUUGCAUGCGCAGUUCAACCGCUCGAUGCGCGCCAAGGCGAAUAAGAUGGAUUACUCGUUGAACCAGCGCGGCUUGUACGACAUGGUCGUCAGGAAUUCGAGCAAGAGAUCGGAGAAGCUCAGCGAAGGUGCUCUUUUGCGCACCUCUUUCACUAUGGUGCGGUGCUGA